UGAACGGGGACACGCAGCCGGAUGUAAUCCAGAAACAUAUCCGACAGCUGGUUGCCCGUGUAGCCACUAUUAGCAACUGGCUAAUCAAGUCGCCUCCGUUAAAUUAACGCGUUUUUAUAUAUAUAUAUCUGUGACUUUAACACAUACACUGCAAAGAUGAUAAAGGCUAUCUUGAUAUUCAACAACCACGGGAAGCCGCGUCUGAUCAGAUUCUAUCAGUAUUUUGCGGAGGAUCUGCAGCAGCAGAUAAUCCGGGAGACUUUCCAUUUGGUGUCCAAGAGGGACGACAAUGUCUGCAAUUUUUUGGAGGGAGGGAGUCUCAUUGGUGGCUCCGACUACAAGUUAAUCUACCGGCAUUACGCCACCCUCUACUUUGUCUUCUGUGUGGACUCCUCUGAGAGCGAGCUGGGCAUCCUGGACCUGAUCCAGGUGUUUGUAGAAACGCUGGAUAAAUGCUUUGAAAACGUCUGUGAACUGGACCUCAUAUUCCACAUGGACAAGGUUCAUUACAUCCUGCAGGAGGUGGUGAUGGGAGGCAUGGUGCUGGAAACCAACAUGAACGAGAUCGUAGCUCAGGUUGAGCUGCAGAACCGCAUGGAGAAGUCCGAGGGAGGGCUCUCAGCAGCACCCGCUCGUGCUGUCUCUGCCGUGAAGAAUAUGAACCUCCCAGAGAUUCCUCGCAACAUCAACAUCGGAGACAUUAAUAUCAAAGUGCCGAGCCUCUCCCCGUUCUGAGCAGAGGGAGGGCAGCUUCCCAGCUGAACUCUGCAGGGCUGAUGUACUACUGAUGGAUCUGUUUCCCUGCAGCUGCCCUCCAACCAGCUCUGCUAUUAACACGGAGAAAACCGAUGUUUUUGAUGUACUGUGGAAUCGUCACAUACCAAGCCCAAUGUUUUUACAUGUAUGGAAGAUGAGCUGUGGAUUAUUUUUGAGUUCUACUGUAUGCAAGUUACAGAUUACUCCAGUUUUGGGAUUUGCACAACAUUGUAAAGUUUGUUAUAAAUCACCAAGAGUAAUAUUGAUAUUCUGCCAUUCCUUUUGUGUUUUGUGUUGUUUCUUCAAGUUAUUUUCUUUUAGCUUUCCUUUGCCUUGAUUAUUUCAAAAUGAACAGUGAAGUGUGCUGGCCCAUUGCACUUUUUCUUGUAUAACUCUUCCACAUCUCUGAAGUUCAUCACUGGUAUUCCUGCCUGAAUUUUAAAAACCUCCCUUUUCUGUCUGGAAUGAAGUUGUGGAGUCUGCAGCUUUCACUGUAAUAUGAUGCUUGGCUUCUGUUUUAGACAGUUAUAUUUUCAAACAGAUCCUAUCUUUCUUGUUCUAAGCAUCCACGCUCUCUUAAUCUGGGGUUGCACUCUUCCUACAUUUGUGCUUGAAUGAUUGAUUUCCCCAUUUGUAAUAUAUUACAUUUAUGUUAUGAACUUUUUUGUGAUUAGUGAAUUAUCUCGGUGCAAAAUGUCAGUGCUGAGCACAAAAAAAUGUAAAUGUUUUUUGGGUCCAGCCAACUUUCAGUGUGUUGGGAAAGGAUCUUGCCAACAUCUGUUUGCAGAGAAGCAGAAGGCUAACGGAUCUGUAUUAGAUCUCUGAAUGUUAAUAUGAAGUGUGCUUGUGUCUUAUGGACUAAGUUGUGGUCACAUAGAAGUCGGAUUCAGUCCAACUGUCAUUAGGACUGCUCUCUGUUGGUAGAGUUUUCCAUCCUGUCAGGCGUCUGCAGGGGGAUAUUAGUCCAAGUGUCAAAGACAUUCCUCGCCAAUGUAAAUUAUAUGAAAUAAAUGAAAAGACAGA